UUUCGGAUAGAGAUGAGGCUGUUACUCUUCACUGUCUGUUUCUAAGUGCAUGCCUGCACAGCUCUGGUAUGGUGGCUUUUCAUCUGUAGCCACCAUGGUGCAUUCACAGUCUCUGUGAAUACAUAUCCAGAAAGUAGACUGUGUGUGACCUCUGGCAGUGUGGCGGACGGGAACUAUAAUCCUGAAAUAGUUCGCAUUUUUGCACGGCACGUAACACCAGAUUUCUCUUGCAACAGCUAUUUUCUGACACAAUAGAGACUUUACACGACUUGACUAGAUAUGACUGUCACCAGGCUACACGUGAGGCGUCCACGAUAACCAUCAGACCACAUGGCGACUGUGACUCCAUCAGCUCGGCUUCAAAGGUGUCCUCACUCUGGUAAAACUCGUGACGCGCCGCCAGAAGUUCUCAAAGUGUGUCUGCAGCAGAAACAGAGCAGAGUGUGAGCUAAGUGUUUGCAGCACAUCGCAUCUGCCAGCGCUCGGGGGUGACCGAGUUCCUUUCCUUUCUCGCUCUUGACAACUGUUUAAAGUGCACAAAGAAGAGUUUCAUACUUUGCAGCGCUAAUCUUUUGCAGGGUCUUCUGUGGGUCCGCAUGCCAAAGUGCUGACAAAUGGCACAUUGUGGAGCUCAUCCUUUCCCCGCUGAUGAGCGGUGGCUUCAGUGGUUACAUCAUCAUAAUCAUCAUCAUAGCCCAGCCAGGCUUGAUGCAUGCAGUCACAGCAUUGCAGCGGCGGCAUGUUCUUGGAUUAAUCCAUCAUCAGAAAAUAACAACAGUGCUCUCUGUGUGUGUGUGUGUGUGUGUGUGUGUGUGGCAGUAAUCCUCUUACUGUGUCAGAGCUAGCCGAGGAUGGACGCCAUAAAUCGUUGGGAAUGUGGUAAAGCAGCGACCUCACGGUGCCGGAGUGUUUAGAGACGGUAGAUGGAGUACAGGACGAGCACGGGGCGCUGAUAUUUGUUUUAAAAAUGUCUUGAUGAGAAGUUUGAGAUGGAGCGUCGGAAAUGUUAAUGGCACAAUCUCAGGAGUGAGAAGUUACCAAGAACAACUUUGUUGCUUCUCUGCUGGCGGCUCCUGCGGUGCGGUCGUUCCUCACAUCCGUCUCUCUGAGAUCUAAUAAUUAUUUCCCGUAACAUCGCUUAACUCUCCCUCGCUGAGGGAAACCGCCACAGCCUACUGAACCUCCAGCUGUUGAGAAGAAGCAUCAAAAAAACUCAUGAAUUACUUCUCAUCACAAGCUGUGACUGAAGUUUUGGACCCUUUGAUUCAGCUGAACUCACAGAUGGAGGAGGGCUAUUGCACUUUAUUUAUUUAUUUUAAAGAUGGGCACAAGCUAAGUAUGCUUCAUGCAUAAGGCAGAAUAAGAAAAAUAAAACGUGACUUUGAAGGUGCACGGUUGCCCACUGAAUCUCCUGAAACUUGAUUCCAUCAGUUUCCUAAUAACCUGAGGACCAGAAGGCUUUCUGGCACACGCCGUGCAGAAGAUGUGAGUUACCUGUGAGUCAGUACCGCUGCUUAUCCUGAUGCUUUGCAGCCCAGGGGCUUGACAGACACAUCACAUCAGCUGUUUUUUAUUUAUUUUUGAAUCUACCUGAUGCCUCCUACUACACAAACACAAUUCUCACCCAACUUUCAAGCUUCAGUGCUUGUGAACGGUUUCUCCCCUCCGUGGGGUCUAAUGGGAGUAGAAACCUCCCCUCCAAACCCCCCCGCCGCCGCCGCAUCAUCUCGGCUCGCUAAUGAGGGAGAUAACGAGGGGCGUUUUACUCCCCCAACACGCACACGCCACCCUGUUACCGCCUAAAUGAUGGUAGCAAAGCCGGGGUAAUUUAGGCACAGCUGCCCCGAUCAUUAGGGUAGAAACAGCCCACGUGUGCAGCGUCUGCUUCUCUCUUGGCCUCAUUCACAUUCCCAACCUCAGUGGACCUGCUGUCACUCUGACACCAACAGCAGUGUUCCAGAGCAGCUGAGACUCAGCUCUGUACACCGCAGAGAGAGAAGACAACAAAGUGAUGGACGGAGUAACUCCUCUUUUCUUUCUUCAUUGUCGAUUGUUUUCUCCAUGAUCUCCAUGAAGUGUUGGACAUAGAGAAAGUUUUGUGGUUGGCUUUAUGGCUGCUUAUGAUUGUUUAGAUUUCAUAAGACACCUGCUCCUUUGUCGAGGUCUCUCCACUGCUGUUGUGUUUACUAUUAAAUACAGGAUGUUAGCUGUUGGGAAAUAAUGCAAGGUAAACAAAUAGUCCAUUAGUCAAUAGAGAGGAAAUCAAUCCACAGCUUAUUUUGAUCAUGGGUUCAUCGUUUAAGUCAUUUCUUCAGUAAAAAUGAAAAAGCAAUGUGAGGAUUUGCUGUUUUAUUUCAUCGUGAAGUGAAUAUCUUUGGAUUUGUGGACUGCUGGUCGGACAGAACAAGACAUUUGACAGACCAGACCAAAUGUCAAUUAGCAGAACUUGUAAUAGUGUCGCCUUGAAAAGAAGAAGCAGAUAAAGCAAACGUGAGCGCUAAAGAGAAACGAACACAGCGGGGAAACGUGCCCCGGCAUACUGAUGGCUUCCCUCACUCACGUCGGACGGAUGAGACCAAUGUCGGUGCUGUGAGUGGUGCUGAUGCUUCGCUCUAAAUAUCUAUAAAUAAAGCCCCUCCCAACGCCAUGAACCCCCGCUCUUUAUUCCUCCCCUCUCUCCCCCGUCCACAUGCUAGUCUUUCACUCGUCCUCUAUUCCCGCGUGUUUUUAGUGAUGCUAUAUUUAACCCGUGGAAAGAUUAAUGCCGGAGAGGGAAAAAUGGAAUCACUGUACUGGGAUACCUCCGCUCUCUCCUGAAGGCUGCUUAAAGCAGCGAGUGUAGCGGGCGUUGGGUGGGACGGAGUCAUUUUAGAGGUCGGGGGAACGCGACAGUGGUCAGUCUGUGUGGGUUUUUUUCUUUCUUUCUGUGGAAACUAGAGAGACGUACAUACACAGCUGGCAACAACUUCCAGUGCCACAUCCCAGCCCCAAUUAAGCUCACGGUGAUCUCACUUUCUAAAAGUCUGAUGCUUUAUUUUAGUCAUUGCAAAGGGGGGGGGGGGGAAUAAGAAGAGAGAUUACAGUGUCUCCAGCAAGGAAAUGACCUCCACGUUUAUCAGCGUUCAGAGCCGUUGCUGUUCAUCAAUCAGAGCGGCGACGCAGUGAUUUACAUUUGCAUACAUUUGAAAAGCAAAUGUGUCUCGUGCAGCACAUCAGGGUUCUUUCUCAUUCGGCAAACAAGACACUGACCUGGACGUGACCCGGCUUCUGUCUUAGCACACACACACACACACACACACACACACACACACACAGAGUGCUUUGUGAAUUACCAGGAGCUCACUAUCUGAAGGGUUUCCUCUAGAUCUGCCUCAUAGUCACCGCCGUCAAACUGAAACCUGGAGCGUGUGUUUUGGCAUCUCUUAUCGGAAAGUUGUCGCUAUUUUUUUUCCUGGAAAAAGGGGGAAAAUCUGUGCACGUGCUGCGUCGCACUCAAGCGCAACUCUAAAAUAUGUGUCCCGGGCGGGGCCCCCCUUUUAUCUCGUUCCUCUUGUGGAGAGGUGACGUUGGUGCUCGGCAUGGCUCCUCUGCAUGUCAUCCCUCAGUCUAGAUGCUCUUAUCCUGCCGGGCAUGGAUGGAUGGAUGAUUGAUGGAUGGAUGGAAAAAAAUGCCACCCUCUUUCUUUUUCUUUUUCUUCUCAUCUUAUUAUUAUUUUUUGUUCUCUCUUUCCCCCGAUUGGCUCAAAAUCCCAGCCUCUUCUGCCUGGAUGCCCUCCGUCCCUCUGAUACAGGGAGGGCCGAAAGAAGAUAGUGAGAUGCGGGGGGGGGGGCAAACGAAGACAGGCAGAACAGAACCAGUCUAAUGCUCAGCGAGGCUGAGACGCUAUCCAUUACACAUGCUCAAGGCAUCUCCGUCAAAACACCCGCCCUCUAUCAGGCUCCAUCUCUGGCUCCCGGACACGACACACACUGGUGAGGAGUGUGUGAGGAGCGUGUAGUUGAUCUGUGUGUAGAGCUCAUUUCUUUAAGGCGGUGUCAUAUUUUACAUCCUACAGUCUUAUAUAGACUGCUGCAGCCAUGUAGUAUUUUCACACAGGAUGUCCAUUCAGCCCAAGUAGAUUUGAGUUUCUUUCAGUUUUUCUUUCAUGACUCCUGGAAGCACUUUUACUUUCAUAUUUUAUAUGUAAAACCGUGUGUGUGUGUGUGUGUGUGUGUGUGUGUGUGAGCUUGUAUAUGUUUUUAAUCGGCCCUUAUGUAAUGGGGUGUUACCAGGACGUAUCUUAACUCGCUAUGUUACUACGGACUUUGAGGUCUUGGCAGGGAACCACAUUACUUCCUGUCAGCGUCAGCGGUGGAAGUGAGCAAGGGCGCCCUGAUGAAGGACCGGUUUCAUGAAUGGAUGGGAGAGGAGCCGCAGAGCUGCUCUGUUUUCUCCAGCUCUGACGACUGAACUUGCAGCAAGUCGUCUAUAUGACAGUAAAUAUAAUUCCCCCAAAUUGACCACAACUGCUUAAUUGUAGACCAGCAGUUAUUGCUAGAGAACCCACCGGGUUCAUGUCAUCUAAGAAAAGGCCAACACGCUGAAAAAAAACUUUGAAAACAUAAAACGACACAGAUUUGGGGUUUUAAAUAGAUAGAUGAGGAUUAUUGUUAGUGCUAACUGGACAAAGUAUUUCGAUAGGUAAGAAGAGUGCCACUUAAAACCAAGUUUUAUUCCUAAAACCAACAAUUUUACACAACAUUCAAGCAAAAACACAUUUGUUAAAUGUGAGGAUUUCCUUCUAUAUCAUUGAAAAUGUAAUAUUUUUGAUGUUGGUUGGACAAAACAAGCACUUUGAAGACGUAACAUUGUACUCUGGAAACUUGUGAUCGGCAUGUUAACUAUUCUCUGACUUUUUAAAGACUAAUUAAAAAGAAAUGAAUCGGCAGAUAAAUCAUAACGAUACUAACCUUCAGUUAGAAUCCCAGGUUGAAUCCUAUAAACAGUCUUGAUGAAUCGGACUGGACUGCAGUGGCUCCAGCUGUUGACUCACAUGUGUAAUAACUGUUCCUCUUCUUCACUGAAUGUAAUAACUCAUCUGUCGAUAAUCCCCCACAUGACUGUGGUGGAGUUUCAUUUCUCCACCUUGCGUCCUUGUCUCUUUGUGUGUCAGUGAAAUGACCUCAGCAUCCUUAACACACCGCCUGUUGUUGUGAAUGCUGUCGGAGGUUGUGUGAGAUCCAUAACUCGCCAUUGAUUGGAUUAUAUUGGCUUUAGCGUGGGGUGGGGGGGGGGGUUGGGCACACGCUUUUACUCUUUACUGACCUGUUUGUGAUGGCGGGUGGUCUUCAUGAGACCUGUCGUUUUUAUUCUCACAUGAAAUCAUUUAGAUUAAAGUGAAAUAUUAAAGAAAAGCAAUCGACGCAUGCCCUCUUUUACACUCUGCACCGUUCUAGAUUUAAUAAUAACAUUUCUGUUAAGCUUUUUUCAUCUCGCUUUCAGGGCGGUUCGUUGAGGCAGAUUUGUGAGAUUCCCCCGGCCUAGAUAUUUAGUGAACAGCGCCUCACGCUUUGCAGAUCUUGGUUUUGCUCGCAUUAGUCUAAAUCCCUCUGACUUCUUAAGCGUUUGUGAAUGUUUUUGUUUUAAGUGUACGAUGGCAAAACAGGGGACUUGGAUGGCUUUCGCUUUGCCAAGAGAAACCUGGCGAUCUGGAGACAGCGGGGCGGUUCUGGUCUCUGAGAAUUUGUCUUGGUCACGUCUUAACAUAUUUUCUCAUCUAUGUGAUGGAUGUAAAAACAAGGGUUUUUUGGGGGGAUUUGUCCUGCUGUGCGAUAACAGCCCCAACGUGCUUAUUGUUUCACUUUUGGCCUGAGAAUAAACACCUUUCAGUGAAUCAUUCCCACUGGGGGUCCGACCUCCAACGUUAAGGGGAGCAGAGUGGUUGUGUGUUGAUAAUGGGGGGGUGGGUAAAGAGACCAACUGGUCUGCUGAUGGCGUGUUGGGAGGCCAAGGGUUGCCAUGUCUGGACUUGUGGCCGUCUGAGACACGGCUGACCUUUCUGACCAGACUGUGUGCGUAGCCUCCUGACCUGCCGGAGACUCUUGUGUCUGAAUUAUCACUGAAGUCGUCUUUGCUUGUCUUUUUUGUGAUGUGUCCAUCUCUGUUGGACAGUUUUUACAUCGGAUUUGGUGCACAAAAGGACUGAAUGAAUGAAGUGUCCAAUCACCAGCGUUAUCUCUGUGGUGUGUUGGUUUUAGAUCUUAUCCUCAGGGGAUGUGGAGCUUUUCCUGAUCACUUGUAAUUGAGAGAAGAGGCUGGAGUGACACUUGGUUCUAAAGGGUUAUUAUGAAUAUCUUAAACCCCACCUCAGGCUACGUCUUUGAUUCUAAGUGGUCGCUGCGUUUCUCUUGUGAAGUGAGCUUAGAGCGUCUCACUGAUGUUGCAAUCACAACCAUCUGGACGUCACGCAGCAUCAAAGGCCGCUGAGGAACAUAAACAAUCCCAGACAACUAUUUUCCUGGCAUCCAACAGUUUCCUAAUUCUCUCUUCGUGCAUUUCCGGCAUAUUUUCCUCCCUCAAAAGCGUGAUUUCUUCGACAUCCCGGCGUGACAAAGUCUUUAACUCAAUGUUAAUUUACUUAAGAGAGAGUUUCUGCUCCCGCGGCGGUAGGGGCUCCUCUGGCCUUUUGUCGGGGGGAGUCUUCUCUCUGCAAAGUAGGUUGAGGAUUUUUUUUUUUUUUGGCAGAGUAAUGAAAUAAAUAGCUCAGACGGGAUGCGCUCCUGCAUUGCCUGCAAAGUGCAGCAUCAGGCAGGUUCGGACUAAGAGGCGGAGAGCUUCCUCUGUGUGUUUUUUACAGGAUCACAACUUGACGUGUUACGAGCCUUAGGUGUGCUUCCACUUUAACGAGAGACGGUGGUGGAAGAGGAGUCCUCUGGAGAGGGAAACAGUUGUGUCCUGCACUGCGGGCCUGAUGGCCGAUGCUCAAUGAUUUAGAGUGAGGCUUCUGCUGCUCCGAUAGUCGGACUGCCUCAGCCUGGUACGACUGCGGAGACGAGCACGGGGAGGCACAGCCAGCCGGGACGAGACACCGUCACAGGAAUCAAAAAGAGAGGGGGGGUUAUCAAAAAUGCAGAGGCAGAUGACGAGGGAAAAGUGCACUCUGCUCCGUCGUGCUUUAGGCUUCUUCUCUUCCACCGGCCGGUCUGCAUUCUCCUGCGUGGCGAUAGACAGGCGGACUCCUCUGCUCCGUAUUGCUGAGAACACUUUCCUGCUGCAUCCCUCUCUCAGGAAGGCUGUCUUUCUUUCUUUCUUUCUUUUUUUUUAAAAAUACAUAUAAAAUAAUCCCCUGAGUUCCUGCGCAGCGGGAUGCAUCAUUAGCAUACCGCUAAUGAUGCGCGGCGGAUAGGAUGCCUGCUGAGUUCGUAGACGGGCUAGAGGAUGCACCCUUUUUCCGGCUGCUGAGGAUCAUCCCUCCCGCCUCCUCGCUCCCUCCUCCCCAUCAAGGCGGCAUCGAGGACCGCCGCUGCCAGCAGGGCACUGCUGGGUUCGGUACACGCCGCUGAGGGGAAGAUUUUUAUUACAUCUGUGAAACGUAAAAUGGCUCAUCUUAAAGUUCUCGACUGUAUGAUCAACAACAACUGGAGUCUGAUCUGUGAUCUGUACUGCGCCUGGAGCAAUCAGGCCAAGCACAAGGAUGGGCGCGAUCAGAGCGAGGCGUCGGCCGUGGCGUCUCUCGGGGCCGAGGAGGAGCCUUUUUCGUGGCCGGGGCCCAAGACGCUUCACCUGCGCCGAACCUCCCAGGGCUUCGGCUUCACACUGCGACACUUCAUCGUCUACCCGCCGGAGUCCGCCGUCCACAACUCUCUGAAGGAUGAAGACAACGGCAGCCGAGGGCGGCAGCGGAACCGUCUGGAGCCAAUGGACACCAUUUUCGUCAAGCAAGUGAAGGAGGGAGGCCCCGCCCACGGAGCUGGACUCUGUACAGGGGACCGGAUAGUGAAGGUGAACGGAGAGAGCAUCAUUGGGAAGACCUACUCGCAAGUCAUAGCUCUGAUCCAGAACAGCGAUGCCUCACUGGAACUCUGUGUGAUGCCAAAGGAUGAGGACAUUUUGCAGCUGUUUUCCAGGGAUAUCACUGCUCUGGCGUAUUCCCAGGAUGCAUAUCUCAAAGGAAAUGAUGCGUACAGCGGAAAUGCCCAGAACAUCCCCGAGCCCCCUCCCAUAUGCUACCCUCGGAUAGAAGUGAAGGCCGCGGGCAUGGCUCAGACAUCGGAGCCCACCGCAGUCAGUGAGACCCCCCCAGGGCCGGCUCAGGGACCAGGAAGAAGAGGGGGGGCCGCGGAAAAGAGCUACCGGGUUGAAAUCCCUGUUACGCCAUCUCCUCCGCCCCAACAGACGUCAAAGUCUCAGACGGUGGUUUGUGUCUGUAGUGAGAAUGUGAGGACAGCGGCAAUGCUUCCUGAUCUGGUUGACAGGGGGUCCCGGGUAGCUCGGGCUGGACCGAGCCACAGGACAGAGGAAAACCGGUACAGUCCUUCAGCAGAUUCCGGCUCAGCCAGACCGAGACCGCUUAUUCCCUCAGUACCUGGGGGUGCACAGUUGCAGUACCCCUCGUCCUGUCCCACAGAAAGCCCGGUCUACUCCCCGUCAUCAAGACCUGGUCCUAUCUAUCCUGACACAUUGUCUCCAGCUGUACGGGACACCGCUGCCUCACCGGACAGGUUCUCCACCGCCAUCUCACCCAGCGCCAACCACUACUCACCGUCUCCCACAACCCCCUCCACCUCUCCACACCAGAACAUUGACUGGAAAAACUACACCACCUACAAGGACUACAUAGACGCCAAGAGGCUGCACACGUAUGGUUGCCGCACCAUCCAGGAGCGCUUGGACAGCUUGCGUGCGGCUGCCAAUUCCAGCUCCGCCUACGCCCAGCAACGUACGCCGCCUCCUCCUAGCACCGGUCAAAGAGGGGAGCUGGGCUCCCAGCACAGACGGAGAAGCACCUCGAACGACCGCUGGGUGGAUGCAAGUAGCAAGGGCACUGCAGUGACUCCAUUACGUAGCGUCUCCCAAGAGAGGCUUGGAGGUGGAGCAGAGAGGACAACACCAAUCAGGAACUGGCCUCGGAGUGCUUCCGAGGAUGCUCUGCCUUUCUCCAGCCCCACAGGAGUCCCCAAACCUCGGGCGCGGUCUUGCGACUACCUGGGGCAGCAGCCUGGAGAAGCGUUGGCUGUCUUUGCAGACCGGGUGGUGUUGGAGGACAGGCUGAUGCUGUGUCGGGGAGAGGACGCCAGAGCUAGCAGGCAGGGAACAGGCCUGAGAGCUUUACCUCAUCUGAACAGGAGUCUCACUGGACAGGAGGGAAGUGGAUUAUCAAACUCUGCUCCUGUGUUUACUAAAUUUACGACGGAUUCUGUGCUAACAUCAAGGACAGACGGUGUCAUAAUGAGACCAUCGCGCCUACCUGUUAAAAACGCCAUCUCAGACCCUUCACCUGCCUUAUCCUCCAGUAGAACCACAGACCCUCUUAAAGACCAAAGAGCUAACAUCGUGGGCAACCACCUGGGCUACUCCUCCCCUCUGCACCUGCAGCUCAGAGGCCGGUCUGACAGUCUGAAAAUGGAAAGCAGGUCAGAUACUGGGUUGGCAGCCAGGUCCUCCUCUUGCUCUGGUAACUCCUCUAAACUGCCCUUGCAGAGACAAAGUGUAGUUGUUGCUGCCUCUUCCUCUGGUUCCUCCACCACUAAUGGAGCUGUUACCCAAAAGCCAAAAGUCAGAGAGAUCUCCAGUUCUACCAGCGCCCUUGUACGGACUAACGGCGGUCUUGCAGAGGGCGUAGAAGGACCGGAUGCGACAGUCGUCGUCCUUAGAAGGGACAAAAACUCUGGGGCUCCCCACAUCCGCCCUCCGUCCUAUGUGCUAGCUGUUAAUGACAACCAGGGAGGAGUGACUCACAAGUCCCCGCCAUUAGUGAAGGCAGGCUCUGUGGACGGAGCGAUGUGCUGGACGUCUAAUGACAGCUUUAGGGAGAUGCAUCUGAGAAGGCUUGGAGACGCACGGCACAAGUCUGGCUCCAACAACUUGGACGACUCCCUGGAUUCAAUCCCCUUCAUAGAUGAACCCUCUAGUCCCAGCACCGACCAGGACUGCACACACAUCCCCGCCUCUGCUGUUAUAUGUGGAACGCCCGUCAUCGCCACCAUCCCACCCAGCCCCACCUCUCUGUCGCCUCUCAUUCGACGCCAUCUGUCACAUGACCAAGAUUCUCUCCGUCUCACAGUCAUCGAGUCAGAUUCUGGUAGUAAAACAGAGCGGUCCAAGUCGUAUGACGAAGGCCUGGAUAACUACCGGGGAGAAGGCAUAGGGAGGUCUUUAAUACCUGGUCUGAAGAAUCUGAGGAAGGCGGGGGGGGACAGGUCAUCCGAAGAUUCGGGGUCCAGGAGAGAUUCUUCAUCAGACGUCUUCUGUGACGCCACCAAGGAGGGUUUGCUUCAUUUCAAGCAGCUGAACACGGAGAAGAGCAAGCGUGUCGGAGGAGGUAUGCGCCUGUGGAAACAGAUGUACGCCGUGUUGAGAGGUCGCUACCUUUGCCUCUACAAAGACAGAAAGGAAGGGCAGGCUCACGCCAACUGCCAAGCGGUAGACGAGCCCCUGCCGAUCAGCAUCAAGGCGUGUCUGAUCGACAUCUCGUACAGCGACACCAAGCGCAAGAACGUGCUGCGGCUGACCACGUCGGACUGUGAGUACCUGUUCCAGGCCGAGGACCGGGAGGACAUGCUGGCCUGGAUCAGAGUCAUACAGGAGAACGGCAACCUGGACGAGGAGAACGCAGCCUUCACCAGCCAUGACCUCAUCAGCAGGAAGAUCAAGGAGUACAACACCUUGAUGAGCCCGACGGGCAGCAAGACGGAGUCGUCGCCCAAAACCUCGCGCCAGUCGCUGAGCAUCAGGCAGACGCUGCUGGGAGGAAAAGGAGAAAGCAAAGCAACGAGUCCGCUCGCACCCAAAGCUGAGCAGGAGAAGAAGAACGCGCACAAAGAUGACACCAGCCCUCCCAAGGAUAAAGGGACAUGGAGGAAGGGCAUCCCGGGGCUCAUGAGGAAACCCUUUGAGAGGAAACCGUCUCCUGGAGUCACGUUUGGAGUGAGGCUGGACGACUGUCCGCCUGCACUGACCAACAAGUUUGUGCCUCUGAUUGUGGAGGUCUGUUGUAAGCUGGUGGAGGAGAGGGGGUUGGAGUACACGGGCAUCUACAGAGUCCCAGGAAACAACGCCGCCAUCUCCAACAUGCAGGAGGAGCUCAACAACAAGGGCAUGAACGACAUCGAUGUCCAGGAUGAUAAAUGGAGGGACCUCAAUGUGAUCAGCAGUUUACUCAAGUCCUUCUUCCGUAAACUUCCAGAGCCGUUGUUCACCAAUGAUAAGUACGCAGAUUUUAUAGACGCCAACAGAACGGAGGACCCAGUGGAGAGACUCAAAGUGCUCAAGAGGCUGCUUCAUGAGUUGCCCGAUCAUCAUUACGAAACCCUCAAGUUCCUCUCGGCUCAUCUCAAAACUGUGGCUGACAACUCAGAGAAGAAUAAGAUGGAACCAAGGAACCUGGCCAUCGUGUUCGGUCCCACUCUGGUGCGCACCACCGAGGACAACAUGACCCAUAUGGUGACUCACAUGCCAGACCAGUACAGGAUAGUGGAGGCCCUCAUUCAAAAUUAUCACUGGUUUUUCACUGAAGAUGGAAACGGAGAUCCAGUGACUAUAACUCGUGAGCAGAGCGCCGUGGAGUCUCAGCCCAUCCCCAACAUCGACCACCUGCUCACCAACAUCGGCCGUACGAACACAUCGCAGGGUGAAGUAUCAGAUUCACCGACUAGUGACUCAGCUAAAUCAAAGGGUUCCUGGGGCUCAGGGAAGGAUCGAGAGCUCCUAGUCUCCUCCAUCUUUGCUGCAGCCAGCCGCAAAAGAAAGAAGUCAAAGGAGAAGCCGCAGGCCAGCAGCUCAGAUGAUGAUCUGGAUGCUGUGUUCCUCAAGAAGGAAAUCGCUGUUCAGAAGCCGAACCACCACGGCCUCCAGACCGAGGCUCAGAGCGAGACUCGUCCCGGCCCCAACGCAAAACCCAGCGCCAAGCAACCGGUACGUGCAGAGGAGAGGAAGGAGAACGGCAGAACUGUGGAGGUCACACCUAAAGCCAAGAGGGAGCACAGAAACUCCUUAUUCCUGAAGGAGAAGACUCCACCCAGACACCCCUCAACUUCCCCCUCCCCAAAUAUCUCUGUCUACCAAGCUCAGGCGAAACCCUCCUUGUCGGACCCCCCAUCCCAGCUUGAUGAGAACACCUCAGACCUCGGGACCAUGAGCUCUGGAGCGUCUGUGCCCAGGUCGAGACCGAAGAAGUGGACCGGAGUGUCCCCUGAUCUUCCUGUAGGAGCGUGUGUCGGGCCGGUGGCAGGUCCAGGCGCGUCCGCCGGUGCAGAGGUGAGCUCCAUCACCUCGGACUAUUCCACCACUUCUUCCAUCACAUUCUUGACAGGAGCGGAGUCCAGUGCGCUCAGUCCGGAGCUGCAGGGUGGGGAGGAGGCGGACGACGAACGCAGUGAGCUGAUCAGCGAGGGACGACCCAUGGAGACGGACAGUGAAAGUGACUUCCCGGUGUUCGCCCCGGGCGGUGGCAGCAGCCAGUCUACACCCUGCCCGGACCAGAGUCUGGAAAAGACCGAACUUCGAGGAGGUGGAGCAGCCGAGAGCGGCACCACGCCGAAGCUGGAAGCACGGCGCCUUUUCCCGUCACACAGGAUGAUCGAGUGCGACACCCUCUCCAGAAGGUGGUCCCUACGACAGCAAACGGACAGUGAGUCAUCCGUGGAGGGUGUUUCUGGGAGCACGGAGCGCAGCGAGGGGAGAUCGGAGUCGUCCACGCGGCUCUCUCGGGUCCUGGAGGUGAUGAAGAAAGGGCGGUCCACGAGCAGCCUCAGCUCGUCCUCCCGCAGCGAGUCGGAGCGUCCCGAACCAGCCUGGCACCUCAAGAUCACAGAGCGGCUCAAAUUCAGGUUACGCUCAUCUGCCGACGAUAUGUUCACCCAGAAGAACCGAGCCCCGGACGCCCGCGGGAAGAAGAAGAACAUCCGCCGCAGGCACACCAUGGGCGGGCAGAGGGACUUCGCCGAGCUGGCGGCCAUCAACGACUGGAGGGAGCAAGGCGGUGUGGACCAGACCGCCGAUCUGUCCGCUCUGGACCGCCUCAAGCCCAGAUGUUCCUCUCAGGACUUCUCCAUCCGGGACUGGAUCACUAGAGAGCGGUGUAGAGGCUCCGAUUCCAGCGGUGAAGUUGCACCUACAUCCGUCACCGAGGAGGUUCACCCAGAGGCUCAGGACGUAGCCCCUGAAAGACCGUCUCCGGGCGCACAGCCGCUAGCAGGGGAGCACGUUAACGGUAGCGGGCUGCAAGGCAAGAACAAAGCCAGCCUCGGGGCGGACGCUCACCCACACAAACUGUCCGGAGCACAGGUCGUCCGCUCGCGGUUCUACCAGUAUCUGUGAAACGGCAAGAGCGGUCUUGUCUAGCGUGUUUGUGAGGAUUCAAAAAAACCUGAAUGAAUGCGUAAAUGUACGAAUGUGGGUAUUUUAGCUAAGGUUACUGCACAAUAUUUUUUCUACAAAGUAUACUUUAUGUAUCUAAUGUACAUACUAUGUAUAGGCUUAUGUGAUUGUUACUGGAAUAAUGCUGAAGAGAUGUUUAUGUGUGUGAUUCCACUGACUGGAACAGACGUGGACAGAACUCUGACUUCCUCCUGCAGGAUGGAACCCUACUAAUGCAAGAAUGUGAGUGGACGGGACAGAAGUGGACUUUGUGGAUUGUUAAACAGCACUAAUGAGAAGAAGGAAGGUCAACUUAUUACUGAAUGCAGGAGGAAUCGUUUCUUUUUUAAAGGAAUCAUGAUUCAGUUCUUCCUAUUAUAAGCGGUAUGAAGAAUGUAUUACUCUCUCGGACUAACAAUAGUUGCUUGUGACAAUAUUGUCCUUUUCAAAACAAUAUGUAUGUGUUUUUUUUUGCCUGUACUUGAAGUAUAUGGAUGUAACUGAGGGCUGCUUUCUGAGCUGAGUGCUGUGGGAAGUUUGUUUUUUCACAGUACAGUCAUAACAGCCAGAUAUUAGCUUGAUGGACUGGAGGACUAUUAUAGUUUUAUCAAAUAAAGACUGAAGAAAAAACAGCAAUGAAAUGCUGAUACUAAAGUAUGUAAUGCUUGGUACAGUGGAUUUUAUGUCCAGUUAUAGUCCAAAAAGUAAGUUUUUACACGUUGUUUUUAUCUCAAGAAGAAGAAGUGCCUCUUUUUUCCCCUUUUUUAAGCUGUUUCUACCAGCAGUGGACGAGAAUAAUCUCACAGGCAUUCCAGACAUGUUGUUUGUUGUGGGGUCUUUCCUGUUUUUAGUUAAACUCACAUCAAAGCAUUCAAAUGUAUGUCGGUGUCUGUGUUUCAUUAGAGUUUUACCCCCUCCCCUCCCCUCCCCUCUUUUUAUUUUCAAAUGCAGUAAAAUGCAUGGGCGCUUAAAACCUGGGAGAAGCAACACAAAGGUAUCUUUAAAACUGCAUGAGACAAUGUUCCCUGAACAGUGAACAUCUCGCCUGUGUACAGCAAAACAAGGGUGCAAUGCCCUCCCUCAACAAACACUGGAAAUAAAUAAUCUUUAUUAAGUU